AUGCGCCUGGCGGGGGAGGAACAGCGGGGACGGGAGGCCGCGUGCGCCGGGGAGCCCGAGAACCUUGAGGAACUUCUCAAGGGCCUUGAGGAACCCCAGAGCCUUGAGGAACUUGUGAAGGGCCUUGGGGAACCCAAGAACCUUGAGGAACCCAAGAGCCUUGAGGAACUCGUCAAGGGCCUUGGGGAACCCAAGAACCUCGAGGAACUCGUCAAGAGCCUUGAGGAACCCAAGAACCUUGAGGAACCCCAGAGCCUUGAGGAACUCGUCAAGGGCCUUGAGGAACCCAAGGGCCCCGAGGAACCCAAGAACCUUGAGGAACUCGUCAAGGGCCUUGGGGAACCCAAGAACCUUGAGGAACUCGUCAAGGGCUCUAGGGAACCCAAGAACCUUGAGGAACUUGUCAAGGGCACUGGGGAACCCCAGAGCCUUGAGGAACCCAAGAGCCUUGAGGAACUUGUGAAGGGCCUUGAGGAACCCAAGAACCUCGAGGAACUCCUCAAGGGCCUUGGGGAACCCAACAGCCUUGAGGAACUUGUCAAGGGCCUUGGAGAACCCAAGAACCUUGAGGAACCCAAGAGCUUUGAGGAACUCAUCAGGGGCCUUGAGGAACUUGUCAAAGGCCUUGGGGAACCCAACAGCCUUGAGGAACUUCUCAAGGGCCUUGAGGAACUCGUCAAAGGCCUUGAGGAACCCAAGGGCCUUGAGGAACACAUCAAGGGCCUUGAAGAGCCCAAGAGCCCUGAGGAACCCAAGAACCUUGAGGAACUCAUCAAGGGCCUUGAGGAACCCAAAAGCCUUGAGAAACUUCUCAAGG